CGAUCUGGCCUAGCCGUAAGAAAGCAUGGGUGGAGGCGAGGAACGGACCUGCCGCUCAGUUCUCACAACUUGUAUUCCCGCAUCCUGCGGCGUUUACUUGCUACCUUGGCAUCUCAAGUACUGCGUUGAGGCCGUCGUGAGCAGCGACAACCUCCGGUGGAUCGUCAACUAGUGCAAUGGAGCCAGAACGGUCUAGUUCCUCUAGCGGCGAAAAAGAGCCCUUGGAUAACUCCACAAACAACUCUGUUUGGCAUGAAACGACCUUCUUCGAUUCACAACGUGAAGAUCGCAUGGUCGGUCCACGCGAUACUACCAACGACCAAACAGUUCCGUACGUUGGCCGCGAUGAAGCACGACAUCCGGAAGUCGCCCAGGACAUGCAAUCCUCCCAAACACCCAGCUCGUCCAACUUUGAAAUGCCCCUCCUCCCUCCAGAUUCACCUCAGUCCAGACAGACGCCCACACGUUCCUUAUCCCAUAAUGCCAACCUGAACUAUAUAUCCUCUCCCUUGAACCCCAAAUUCUCCAUUUCGUCUCCUCAAGCCAAUCCGCGUUAUCGCUCGCAGUCUCGCCAAAGCAUGCAAUUCAACCGCGUGGCUUCAGAGGACUCCCAGGUCCUCGCUGCAUCCAACAUAGCCUCCCUUCCUUCUGGUCAGCGUGGUUCAAUGAUACUAUAUCGUAUAGCCGCAGAAGACAACAGUGGUCCAUUGACCGGACCGAAGCCAUUCCCUCAACGCGAUUCGGUCCUCACUACCUCGGCAGACUCCACUUUCUCACUUUCAUACGAUAGCAAGUACCCUUCUGGUGCUCGGAAUCCACGUGGUGUUCUCGUACCCUACGUCUAUGACCCAGCCCUUGACGACCCAGAUCAGGAUGGUGCCCUUGAUCCUAGUGAUGAUACUUCCAGCAGCACUGUCUUUCCCCUCAGAGGUAUCCUCAAUGUUGGGGUGCUCUCCAUCCUCAUUUUGGCCCUCUUAUGUCUCUUUAUCCUCUACCCCGUUGUCAGUUAUUAUCGCGAUAGCACCCAGAGAGAUUUUAUUACAGGCAACGUUCUCGUCAAUGAAACCGGCCAGGUUUCGUUUCUAUUUCAAAUGGCACAGCUCAUCGAUCCUGAUACGCCCAGUAGUGCUGCAACGCGGACGGGAUUUGAUGGCCUCCCUUACGAACUGGUCUUCUCGGACGAGUUCAAUACAGACAACCGCACUUUUUGGCCUGGAGAUGAUCCUUUUUGGGAAGCCGUAAACAUCUGGUACGGGAGUACUGGCGAUCAGGAGUGGUAUGACCCCGGCCAGAUAACAACAAGGGAUGGGUACCUCAGCAUCGUCAUGGACCAGAUCCCUGAGAAUGACUUGCCUUAUCGGAGUGGUAUGCUCCAAAGUUGGAACAAGUUUUGUUUUACGGGCGGCUAUAUUGAAGUGUCAAUCAGUUUACCGGGGCCGAACCAGGAGACACAGGGUUAUUGGCCGGGUGCAUGGACGAUGGGUAAUCUUGCGCGUCCGGGAUACGGUGCGACUACAGACGGCGUUUGGCCUUACUCCUAUGACUCUUGUGAUGUUGGCACUUUCCCGAACCAGACAGAGCCGGAUGGUUCUGGGCCUGCUGCUGCUCUCCAGUCAGAUGCCUCGAAGGCCAAGUACAAUUAUGAACUAUCAUGGUUGCCGGGACAACGCCUCUCGUCAUGCACCUGCCCAGGAGAAGAUCAUCCCGGGCCAUCCGUAAAUGUUGGUCGUGGUGCCCCUGAAAUUGAUAUUCUCGAGGUCGAGCAUAAUAAGGUGGGCUCGGGACAGGUUGUCUCGCAGUCCGGCCAGUUUGCACCCUUCUCGCACGAUUACAUCUAUCUCAAUGCCACCCAGGACGAAUGGUUUAUCAACACACCUAGUAUCACCAAUGCGAAUCCGUAUCUCGGGAGUGCAGUCCAACAAGCAGUAUCUGCCUUAACGCUUCUUCCUGAUGAUAUUUUCCAAGAAUCUGGCGCGCAGUUCACGACUUUUGGCUUCGAGUAUUGGUCGGAUCCCUCAAAUCCUUCAGAUGGGUAUAUCACAUGGCAGACUGCCGGUGUCGAGUCCGCCCGUGUUGGCGCCGCAGCACUUGGUCCCGAUCCGUUACCAGAAGGCACAGGCGUGUCGCAGCGACUGAUCUCCGUAGAACCAAUGUCCAUUGUCCUUAACUUGGGUAUCUCACCGGGUUGGCAGACGAUUGACACAAGCACGAUGAUCUUCCCUGCUGAGAUGCUUGUUGACUACGUUCGUGUGUAUCAACGGCGAGGGCAGACGAAUGUUGGGUGCAGCCCCGCAGACUUCCCUACGGAUGACUAUAUUAACCGACAUAUGGAUUCGUAUAUGAAUCCCAACCUCACGUCAUGGAAUUAUCCAAAACCGCAAAACAGCUUGGUGCGUCGUCCUUGAGUUUUGACUGAUAUGGUGGUUCACAUUCCUUAUAGUAUUCUGGCGGGUGCUAAGCUAGCUCGAGCUGUUUUCCGAUCCAUCCCCCUGAUCCAACAGGACUUAUACUAAGCUAACGUUAUUUCGUCAUGCAUCUAUUACUGACCGGGACUAUUUGACGGCUCAUAUCUUAUCCAUUCCAUUACUUAAACGAGCACGACCGUACGCUUACUUACACAACUAGACACUCGCUUGCAUAGAACUUUGGGCGUUGCACAUACACACAUCUACAUCCUAUCAGACGGUUGUUGUCAACUGAUGCCAUGAUGGUGCGAUUUGGGCAUGGGCGGCUAACCGCAUCCACCAGAGUCAGCAUGUUUAGCAGUAGCGGAAGAAUCUCGUGUCAUUAUACGGCGAACGAGCCUAGUAGCUAGUUCGGAAGUGUUCAUUAGUGCGAAUGACCGG